AUGAGGACGCAGAGCCUCGAGCGCUGCCUGGUGGCUCAAGUCCACCCCACUCUCACCUUCCUCCUGGAGCCUCUGGUCAUCCCUGGAGCCUCAGGCAUGGAGGCAGUGGCAGAGAGCGGCCACCUGCGCCGGGAGCCGCGCUGUCAGCAACCCUUGCCGGAUGGAGCCCACUACACCACACUGCUGCCCCCACGCCUCGAUGGGCCCUGGAUCUCAACUGGCUGCGAGGUGCGUCCAGGACCAGAGUUCCUCAUGCGCUCCUACACCUUCUAUCCCAACCGCUUAUUCCGUGCCUACCAGUUCUACUACUGGGACCCCUUGUGCCGGGAGCCUGCACACUCGCUGCUCAUCAAGGGCAAAGUGCGGCUGCGGCGGCCCUCCUGGGUCACCCGGGGCGCCACGGAGGCCGACUACCACCUGCACAAAGUGGGUAUCGUCUUCCACAGCCGCAGCGCGCUGCUUGCCGUUGCUGGGCGCCUCGGCCAGAGCCGAGCUUGCCAGGACUGUGCCCGGCGGCUGCCCUCAGCCAGUGCCUGGAUGCCCCGGGCCGUGUAUGAGCUGCUGGGUGGCCGGGAUGAGCAGGACUGCGCAGCGGCGCUGGGCUUCACCAUGCACGAGCUGAGCCUGGUCCGAGUGCAGCACCACCUCCAGCCGCAGCCCGGCACCCCGCCGUGCCUGGUGGAGGAGCUGUACCUGGGGGACAUCCACACCGACCCGGCAGAGAGGCGGCACUACCGGCCCACCGGCUACCAGCGCCCACUGCAGAGCGCCCUGCACCACGCUUACCCCUGUCUGGCCUGUGGCCUCGUGUCCCGUGCUGAUGAGCACCACCCACCUGUCCUGCCCCUGCAGGCGGCCCCGGCUCUGCACCUGCAUGGCCGCUGGGUCAGCUCCGGAUGUGAGGCGCGGCCCGCAGUGCUCUUCCUCACCAGGCUCUUCACGUUCCAUGGGCACAACCGCUCCUGGGAGGGGCACUACCACCACUUCUCAGACCCCACCUGCCAGCAGCCCACCUUCACUGUGCACGCCACUGGCCGCUACACCAAGGGUACGCCAUCUGCCAAGGUCCGUGGUGGCACCGAGCUUGCGUUCGAGGUCACACAAGCCCACGUGACCCCCAUGGACCAGGCCACCACGGCCAUGCUCAACUUCUCCAAGCCAGGCAGCUGCGGGAGGUCAGGAGUCUGGUCUGUGGGGACUGAGCAGGACAUCACGGCCACUAAUGGGUGCCUGCCACUGGGUAUCAGGCUCCCCCACGUGGAGUAUGAGCUUUUCAAGAUGGAGCGAGACCCCCUUGGCCAAAGCGUGCUCUUCAUCGGACAACGGCCCACUGACGGGUCAAGUCCCGACACCCCUGAGAAGCGUCCCACAUCCUUCCAAGCCCCCCUGGUCCUGUGUGAUGAGAUGGCCCAGGACCUCCCCAAGCCCCAGCAGCACAGGCCUCCUCUGGGGAAACCCCACAGUGGCAGGGGUCCACGUCCUCACGUAACUCCUCUUCCCUUUCUCCUCUUGGUUCUAGGGUUGGCCUUCCUUGGGUGGCUUUGA